AUGACGAUCAAGGUAGCCUCCAAGAGCCCUUCCGCCCUGGCGGUACUCCUUCUGUUGAUAAGUGUGAGAACCCUACAAGCCUCCAAUAGCAGCAGUCUGGAUAUUGAUAAUAAUGUUACCCAAUUCGAGUGCGACGCCAAUCAAACCGUUACCAAGUCACAAGCCCAAUUCGUCUUUGAAGGUCGCAAUGAUUUCUUGGGGAGCAGGGAACGUACAGUGUUGGCAAAUGUAUUUGUGGAAAUCUACAACAAGAUUACGGAAGAUUUAUGCGACAGUUAUUUUCGACGAUUGGAGCGUCUCGACUUUCUCAGCAUGUCCAACUUUCUGAAUGAGACGGUGACUUAUCUGGAUGAAGAUCUGUUGGAAGAGCUGGACGGUGGAGGUGGCCCUCCCAUGGGUGGUCCUCCAUCGGCUCAAAACGAUUCAUCCUUGCCUCGCGAUGGGCCACUUCCUGAUGGGCCACUUCCUGAUGGCCCUCUGCCGGAUGGACCACUUCCCGAUGGGCCACUUCCUGAUGAUGGACCGCUUCCAGAUUGCCCGCCUCCAAAUGGGCUUCCUGAUGGACUUCCUGAUGGGCUACCGGAUGGGCUUCCUGAUGGACUUCCUGACAGGCUUCCUACUGGACUUCCGGAUGGCCCACCUCCUGAUGGACCGCCACUGGAUUGCCUGCCACUGCCUGAUGGGCUGCCUGGGGAUGGGUCUCCACCAGGGCCGCCAGGAGGAGGAGGUCCGCCGGGUCUACCCCCGGGCCCUUUUGGGAGACGACAAUUAACAGAGACGACAACAACUACGGAUACGAGUGCGGUCAACGAAACGAGCACGGAAGGAAUGGAAGUCAUCUUUGAGGUGUCUGGAAUUCCCACCAUUGCCACCCAUGCCACCUGGUGCGGGAUCAACAACCGAAGAGAAGAAGAAGAAGAGGAACAAGGCCCACCAGCGGGUGGUCCCCCAGGGGACGGUCCUCCCGCGGAUGGAAUGCCAGAAGAUGCUCCCAUGCAAAAUGGACCACCUCCCUUUUUGACAGAUACCAACUCUUCGGAUUGUACGUGUGCGGCAGGGCUGCAACCAGAAAUGCCCGCUGCACCGUCCGUGGAUAACCUUUUGGAGUUCCUCGGUGAACGGCUGCGGAUGCUGCAAACACAACAAGGGCUCUUUGAAAAUAUUGCUUUGGUGGAUAUUGUGCAGUUGGGCAUUGACGAAGCAAUAAUCACCUCGGGAGGCGCUGUUGCUCAAGAUUCAGGCGAUCGCUCAUCAUCAGAGCCUGAAAGUACUACCAAAUCCGCUACUGAUACUACUACUGUUCCAAAGUUGAAAGGCAAUGCUGAACCCGAUUCUUUAGCCUACUCGAGCGCCAGGAAAAUGCUCUCCUUGGCAUUGCAGCUAUUCAUUGGAUCUGUCGCAGCAUUAUCGGUCGGGAUACUGUAA